AUGGCAUCCAAAGCAGGCCCAACUCCGCUACCUGCGACCACAAUCCUCAAGAGCGAGCGCAUCUCGCAGUCAGAGGCCCAUGAAUUCCUCACAGCCUAUCUCGAUCGCGCUGCUUCAGAUCCAGGCUUCCAGCCAGAUUCAACCCUUUCACCACAAGGUCCCAUCGCUGCAGGCGUGGGCUCGUCUCCAAAUCUAGUUAUACACAACCUCAAGCGAGUACAAGCUGGGUUGGCCGGAGAAGUGCUCGGGAAGGAUCUCAUUUUUGCCAAACUUGAAAACGAGGGCGGUUCCUCUGGCGGCGUGUUCGAGCUACAGUCACACAAUGCAACGGACGGGCAGAAUUGGGGAGGAAAGAAACGAGAUGCCGCCGCAGUUACCGGAUGGCAGGAUCUAGAGAGCUACGAGAGGGAGCAAACCGAUAUCGUGGAGGUUGGGGAUGGUGAUGAUGAAGUUGUUGCAGUCGAGGACGACCUGGAGACAGCUCAGGGCGAUAAAAUCGAUAAAGACGAGCGAAAGAGAAAGAAGAAGGAGAGACGCAAGCAAGAGAAGAAAGCCCUCAUGGCGGCCAAGGAAAAGGAAGACGAAACGGAGAUUUGA